AUGGCUCGCACCAGACGACAUCUUCCUUCAACCGGUCCAGACCUCUCUAAUGGUGCCACUGAAAAUCUUGGUCACGCGAGCUCUAAUUCUAAUCGCUUUGACCCCAUCGCACCAGAAGAACCAGAACAAACUCAGGCACCGAUUGCUAACUCUCCGAUUGCUCCGUCUCCAAUUGGACCGCAACCUUCAAUCGCUCAACCUCCAAUCCAUCCUUCCUCAAUUGGACAACAACCACCGACUGUUCAAACUCCAAUUCCACCCAUGCUCAACAAAAAUUUCCUCCAAUGGCGCUGUGAUUUUAAAAUUUCUAUUGGGGCAAAGAACAAGACUGCUUUUCUCAAUGGCUCCCUCCCACAACCUUGUCCAUCUGAUUCUCACUUCAGUGCCCGGCUUCAUUGCAACCAGAUGGUUAUGUCAUGGAUUAUACAUUCUGUCUCUCCAGAAAUCAAGAGUAGCAUUAUGUUCUUGGAUAUUGCAGCAGCCAUGUGGAUGGAGCUCAAUAACAGAUUCGACCAAGGCAAUGGCCCUAGAAUCUUUGAACUCAAUGAAAGUCUCAUUAGUCUUCAUCAAGGUGAUGAUUUUGUAAGUGCUUAUUUCACCAAAAUCAAAUCAAUGUGGGAGGAAAUAAAUCAAUUAAGGCCUAGAACUCCUUGUACUUAUGCUGCCUCUGUUGAUAACUUUCAUUUUCUGAAUCAAGAUCAAGUCUUACAGUUUUUAACAGGUCUUAAUGAAUCCUUUCAUGCUGUAAGAGCUUAG